AUGAAGACCCAAAGCGUUAAGUGGCUCGGGGCACUGUUCUGUUUAUCAAGGUUGGCAUGUGCCGAUACUAUUUUUCUUUGUGGCCGUAUUGGAAUAACAGAAGAACACAUAAAGACAGCCUAUAUAAACUCUGCGAUAUCACCCAUAGAUGGAUUUCCAACGGUCAUGAAACUUCCAUAUAUAGCCGACAACUCUGACUUUACUGCCUAUCCAAUUUUCCUUCAUGGUGAAAACAGGAUAACGAGUCCAUUUGGUCAUUGCUUCUUAGUCUGGUCCGUAAAUGGUAUUAAUUGGGGUGUAGUAUUGUAUCAUGUUAUGGGCACUCAGUCAUGUAGAAUGAAUCCUAAUUAUCUGGGAAGAACUUUGAUAUCUAUAGUUAUUAAGUCAUAA